AUGGAGUUUGAUGUGUACACUUCAGUUACAUUCCCUUCCAGACCACCGCCUUCUUCGGCGCGGCGCCGGAGCUUCGCCGCGCUCCGCCUCCGAUCCCUCCCUCUCCUCUCCCUCCGCCCCCGGCCCCCCGCCACCGUCGCCGCCGCGCGCUCCUCCGUGCUCGGCUCCGGCCGCCGAUCGCCGGCGCGAGGGUUCGCCGCCUCAGCCUCAGCCUCCGCCGGCGCGGCGACGGAUGAGGGCGCCGACGUCCUGACGAGGGUUCCGCCCGACGACCGCGUACCCGCCACCAUCAUCACCGGGUUCUUGGGCUCCGGGAAGACGACUUUGUUGAAUCAUAUCUUGACAGCCGAGCAUGGAAAACGCAUAGCAGUUAUCGAAAACGAGUUCGGAGAAAUUGAUAUAGAUGGUUCUCUUGUUGCCGCAAAAACUACUGGAGUUGAAGAUAUCAUUAUGCUCAAUAAUGGUUGCCUUUGCUGUACCGUGAGGGGCGAUCUUGUCCGAAUGAUUGGUGAAUUGGUUGAUAAGAAGAAGGGAAAGUUUGAUCACAUUGUGAUAGAAACUACAGGUUUAGCCAACCCAGCACCUAUUAUCCAGACAUUUUAUGCGGAGGAUAAAAUAUUCAACGAUGUCAAGCUGGAUGGUGUUGUAACUUUGGUUGAUGCGAAGCAUGCGGGUUUUCAUUUGGAUGAGAUAAAGCCCAAAGGUGUAGUCAACGAGGCUGUUGAGCAAAUUGCGUAUGCUGACAGAAUUAUAGUGAACAAGACUGACCUUGUUGGCGAAUCCGAAGUCUCUUCAUUGGUCCAGCGGAUAAGGAAAAUAAAUCGCAUGGCUCAUUUAAAACGGGCAGAGUAUGGUAGAGUUGAUUUGGAUUAUGUUCUUGGGAUCGGAGGCUUUGAUCUGGAGAGGAUUGAGAGUGUUGUUAAUUCUGAAGGUUCACAUGAAGACCACCAUGAGCACAAGCACGAUCAUGACCAUCAUCACCACGAGCAUCAUGGCCAUGAACAUGAUCAUCAUGAUGAUUCCCAUGCGCAUGAUCAUACCCACGAUCCUGGUGUGUCUUCUGUGAGCAUUGUUUGUGAAGGGAACCUGGAUCUCGACAAGGCCAAUAUGUGGCUGGGAACAUUAUUAAUGGAGCGCAGCGAUGACAUAUAUCGGAUGAAAGGACUUCUCUCUGUUAAUGGCAUGCCCGAGAGAUUCGUCUUUCAGGGAGUUCACGACAUUUUCCAGGGAUCUCCUGAUCGAUUGUGGGGCCCGGAAGAACCGAGAAUCAACAAGAUUGUAUUCAUUGGGAAGAAUCUCGACGCGAAAGAAUUGGAGAAGGGCUUCAAAGCUUGUUUGUUGUGACGAGGACACUAUACUCAAGACCUUCAAUAUAAUCCUUUUCAGGUAUUCUACUUACAUAUUCAUACAAAUUUAAAUGCACGAUUAUCACACCGAUUCAGGGGUUACAAACUGGAAAGAGGAAGUGUCGAGCGGGUAAUGUCUCUCCUAUUUUUCAUCUUUCUUGAUGACUAGAACAGUGCUAAAAAAAAAUGUAGUAGGCUAUAGUUGUCAUAUGAUGCUGAUUUUGAGGAUUUGUAAAAUGUUAUGCAGUAUCUGAGAGGACUUUUGUUAGACUAAAACAGAGAAUCUAGACUUAUUUAAAGGAUGUUAUGACCACUCUUUUGGCUUCAUAAUUCUAAAUUUAUGUA